CCUAAUGGUUAGUUGCUGAAUACGGUGUCAGGAACAGACAGUGAGCACCCGGGGAAGGCCCAUCCUCAAACGAAAGUUGGUGUGGACCAGUACUAGCAGUAGUGUGGUCGACUGGCCAUUACUGAUUGCGCAGUCAAUAGAUCUACGCACAUCGUUUUAGUCUGGGUGUUUCGAAAGCUGAAUCGAGUGCACUGGAAUGGCGUUGGAGCAGUGCAGCGAAUCAUCUUCGCCGCUAACUCGCUCAUCCGAAAUCACUGUCCAUCGAGUUAGCAAGUGAUUGUUAGUUGCACACGGAUCGGGAAACGUUCAACAGGCCUGCAGGAAAGAGGUCUUGCGAUGCUGUAGACAUCUCGUGUGCCAGUUCCAAGGGUGAUGGCGGAGUCCUUACGCGACAAGAAAACGGCCAUUGGCAGACGAGACUCUCUACGGCGGUCAGUGCUUGAGGCCGAGCAGAACGGCGACGAAGAUAGUUCUAGCGACGAGUCCGCAGCAACAGUUUUAGCUGGGAGUGAGGGGGUGCAAUGUUUUCCUUUGGCGAGAACCAGGGCAGCAGCUGGUGGUGGUGCUGCUGCUGCUGCUGUGGCGGCGACGGGUGUGGCUGCAAACGACCGGGACUCAGUGACAGAGUCUCCGGCGGCAAGUUGGCUUUCGUGUGACUUCUCUACUGCGGAUUUGACAAGAUCUGGUGCUUCGGUCACGUCCGAGAGCCAGCCGGAGUCGUCCCUGACGUCGGAUGUUGAUUCACGAUGCGGACCAGAAAUGAUGGAGAGCGAAGACGCUGACACAGUCCUGGCCACUUCGAAUGGGACCGUGAACAGACUCAGUAGCAGAUCCACGGCAAGCGGUGCUCGCAGGCUCGCAGAACGUACAGUCCUUGCCGACGAAACUGUCUCAGACUUGGACGUCCACCGAUCAAAAACUGCAAAUUCAGAAGCAAGCAGUGACGAUGCGGGAACAGUUCUAGCGCAGGACCUUUUCCAGGAAGUGAGAGGGAAGCAAAAGGUGAGGAAGUCGUCCUCGGCGGCCGAUGGCACUAGCAAGCCCCCAGCACUGCAUGUACUUGGUGAGCAGCUUAGCCAGGCGGAGAGUGUGGAUGUGUGCUUCAUGGUGGACUGUACGAAGAGCAUGGGUAGGUGGAUAGUAGCUGUAAGGAACAACAUCAAGACACUCUACCAGCGCAUACAGGAGAUCUAUAACCGCCAGUGCCACAUACGAGCUGCAUUCGUAGGCUACUACGAUGUCGAAAACAGGUGGUACAAACUGGAGCGGCCCUCGACCAAGCUAGACUUUACGACAUCUCCCACGAAGUUUUACAGCUUUGUGAACAAGGUGUAUGUUGGUGGUGGUGCUGACGCUGCAGAGGACGUGAUGACCGGAUUCGAGGAGACCUUCAAGCUAUCGUGGAGAGAGGGAGUCACGAAGCUGAUCAUUCACAUUGCGGAUCAGCCAUGUCACGGUCGGAUCUACCACCAUUGGCAAGUCAGUGACGACUAUCCUUCAGGGGACCCCUGGAAACGGUCUCAUGUUGAUAUGAUGAAGGUGAUGGCUCGUGAGAACAUUCAGUACUACUUUGGAGAGAUCACCGGGCAUACAGGGAAAAUGAUCAAUGUGUUCAAUGAGUGCCUCAAGCGGGAAUCCUACGGACGCCUGUCCAUCACGACGUUUGAUGCCAUCUCUCCGGAGGGGGAGGGCUUCUCUACCGCUCUGCUGUCGGCCGUACGUUCAAGCAUCAUCCACUCGGUCAGCGAACUGCGCACACCACUUGAGACAAGACCAGCAUGCAGGGAAAUUGAUCCCACCUUGCCAAUGCACCUGGAGAGGCUACCGAUCACAGCCGCUGUGGCCAUGCGCUUUGAAAUGCCGGCGUCCAUCGACGACGACAUUCUCCGGAGUACGGCCAUGAAGCUGAUGAAGUAUGACGUAACGCUGCGCAUGGCCGUGAAGCCGUUUGCACAGGGCUGCCUGCGCUUGGCCUAUCACGGUCUGGACGUCGCGAAGAACAAACGCGUCGUCCUGAAACGGAGCCGCUUCACCAAUCCGGAGCACAACCGCUUCAAGCGCUACCUCGAGGACAUGGAGAUGCAGGCGGUCACUGCUCGCUUCUUGGCCGACUUCAAAAAAGCUCUGCCGGCCACUGCGAGUGCCGCUGCGCAAAAGAUCGAGGUGCUGAUCGCAAAGGUGAUAAAGUUGCAGAGUGCAUUCUGCGAGGAGGAUCGCUACAUGAUGAUGGAGCCGUACCUCUCCGGGAACUACAGCAAGUUCAGCAACAAUGCCUAUAGCCAGUGUGCUGGUAGCGAGCUGGAGCGUAUUAUGCAGGCGUUCAGCCACUGGACAUACACCAGAUCCCGAGAGCGCAUGAUCGUCGUCGAUCUCCAAGGUAGCGUUCACAACGGCGUGACCUAUCUCACCGACCCGGCCAUUCACUGCACCGACGCCAAGCGCUUUGGCAAGACGACCAACUACGGAGUGCAGGGCAUGCGCAUGUUCUUUGCUGGCCACGAGUGCAACAGAGUGUGCCGUUCUCUGAACCUCACACCCGUUUCUGUUGUGUGAGGUGGCAUGUGAGAAUUGUGUUAUUUCGAAAAUGUGAUCCAUCAUCAUCUAGCUAUUCAGCGCGUCAAAGUUUGUUCAAGGCUAUGAAUAUUGUGUACAGUAAUGCAACUUUGAAACUUAAAAGUAAGCAAAGACUAGCGACUUCUGUUGUUGAUAAAACUGCGGGCUGAUGCAAGGCAGGAUCCUGGUGAUGUUCCUCAUAAUAAUAAUUAUUAUUAUGCUAUUCUGACAUUUGUUUGCAAUUAUCAGACUGGCUACAUGCAUGCCAAUACGAGUCCCCCCCCCCCCCUCGCUCCUCCAGGCUAGCUUUGUAACAGUUGCGUGUGUGGCAAUGUUGAUACAGUUGUUUGCUUCUGACAUCGUCAGGUACUAUAAAUAAAGUAAUUCAGCUUCUGAUACUCAUGAUCCAACCAGUCUCCCACCCUUGAGUAAUUUCGCAACAUGUCUGACUGUGCGCUGUAUCUGAUCAGGUUACUUUGGUGCACAAUAAAUCCAUCUCUAAGGCCACCCCCGGCUUGAAAUCAAGUGCAUGUGCAAGUAAGUUUGAGGUCGGUUUUAGAACAGUAAAUUUUUGACUCUGUUCUUCGUAAAUUUUUGACUCUGUUCUUCUUUGUCUUCUUCGUUUUAGUGCUGGAUGGCUUGAAUGUACAAGCAUUGAAAAAAGUGCCUCUCUCGAAUAGUGCCCCAUCCGUGAAGGACUUUGAAGAACCAAUCCCGCGAGUGCAUGUACGUUAGCCGUCACUCGGAACACAGUUUUAUCCUUCCUCUUUUCUAUGAUAACAUUGGCUAAACUUUCGAGUUCGAACUUGUACAUGUGCGUA